CCUGGUGCGCGUCGGCGGCGGCAGGGCGGGUCGGGCUGAGGCGGACGCGGCGAUGAAAUUCCCGGGCUCCGUCCUCAUCUCCCUCGUCCUCUUCGUGUCCGAGACGGCGGCCGCGCUGUGCCUGAGCGCGGGGUACCACGAUGAGGGGGACGACAUGUGGCGGGUGCUGACGCUGCUCUUCGCCCUCUUGCCCUGCGUGCUGGUGCAGCUCAGCCUUCACUUCAUCCACCGCGACGUGAGCCGCGACCGCCCGCUGGUGCUGCUGCUGCACCUGCUGCAGCUGGGGCCGCUCGUCAGGUGUGUGGAAGCCUUUUACAUUUACUUCAGUGCUGAAAGAGUUGAAGAACCCUAUGUCAGCAUCACAAAGAAGAGGCAGAUGCCCAAGGAUGGGUACUCAGAGGAAAUUGAGAAGGAAGUGGGACAGGCUGAAGGCAAGCUGCGCACACACAGGUCUGCGUUCAGCAGGGCCUCUGUGAUCCAGGCGUUCCUCGGCUCAGCACCCCAGCUCACGCUCCAGCUCUACAUCUGCAUCCUGCAGCAGGAGGUCACAGUUGCCAGAAGUAUUUUUAUGGUGCUCUCUCUCCUGUCCAUUGUUUACGGCGCCUUACGCUGCAACAUCCUGGCUAUUAAGAUCAAGUACGACGAUUACGAUGUGCGUGUGAAGCCUACUGCCUACCUGUGCAUAUUCAUGUGGAGGAGCUUUGAGAUCGCCACCCGGGUCGCCGUGUUGGUGCUUUUCGGUUCAGUCCUUCGAGUCUGGGUUUUCCUCGUCGUGCUCCUGAAUUUCUUAUGUUUCUUCUUCUACCCAUGGAUUCAAUUCUGGCUUAGCAAGUCGCCGUUUCCUGAGAACAUCGAGAAGGAAUUGAGCAGGCUGGGCACCACCAUCGUGCUGUGCCUCCUCACGCUGCUGUACGCUGGCAUUAACAUGUUCUGCUGGUCAGCAGCGCAGGUGGAGCUCAGUGACCCUGACCUGAUUAGCAAAUCCCAGAACUGGUACCAGAUGACCGUGUACUACAUCGUGCGGCUGAUGGAGAACGCCUUCCUCCUGCUGAUGUGGUACGUUUACAGAACAGACUUCUACCUGUAUGUCUGUGCCCCACUGUUGUUCCUGCAGCUCCUGAUAGGUUACUGCAUGGGCAUCUUCUUCAUGUUGGUGUUCUACCAGUACUGUCACCCGUGCAAAAAGCUUUUCUCCUCCAGCAUUACUGAAGCUUUGCUAUCCUGUUUCAACAUCCUCUACUUUAUUUGCCAACAUCAAAAAUCUACUCUACUGAAAGGCAAGAUGGCGAUGAAAUCUCGUGGAAAUACUGAUGAGGCACGGGGCAGUAGCAAGACAACAGAUCCUCAGAACAGGAAUAUUCAUCAAAGUGCUUCUUCCAAUGCCUAGUACAACUGGAAGCAAAGUAGGUGCCUUUGGAAGGUGGCAGAUCACCUGCUGGGAACAUUGUGUAUCUUAGACAUUGUGUCUUGUGGGUAGGAUUUUCUUACAGGUGUAGCACUGCAUGAUGACUGACAUGCCUGUUUUUGUGGAGAACAGUGUAUGAGUAUUUGUGUCCGUGUGUGUGUACGGAGAGCAAUUGUUUGUAGGUUUCUAUUUCAGAGCCUUUUUGCACAUAGGUUUAUUGUCACAUGCUUAUUUUAAGUCUUUAUGGAAGACAUCAAUUAGAAACUGUCCUGAUGCUCAUCUUACUCAGGAAGUCUCAGCAUGGAAGGCAAUGAAUUUUAUUUCAGAUAGGAUGGCCCAUGGCAUGCCACCCUAGCAUGGAAACAGAGCUUAGACCUGGACUAUGCAUGGACUGUAGGUGUGGUCUGCUUUGAUCAAAUUGUAGACUAUUUUACACUCUAAUCAGUGUAAUAAGAUAAUACUUCUCUCAGAGGUAGAAGAAUUGGACUUGCACAAUGCACUGUAGUCUGGGUUGCCAUGAAACAGCCAAUUAGCCAGCACUGAGAUGGAAAUGUGACUGUUACUGAGGAUGGACAGAGGGGUUAUUGGCUUUGCACUGUUUCACCCUUCAUGUUUACUGCUUGUUAGUAAGGGAAUUAAAUUUAACACAUUAGUUGUGAUGUUCUGGAAUACCUCAUUUUUCUUUCAUUAUCAUUUCUUUAACACUUUGUGAUGUUCUGGUGUCAGGGUGGUGUUCACUUUGUGUAAAUAUCUAGAGGCUGGGCAGACAGUAUGUACCAGUCGUGUAGGUGCUCUCCAGUGCACAUCUCUGGGGAGUGACUCACCCCACCUCAAAAUGUAGGUGAUAUGAAUCACUGUGGAGACCUGUUAUUCAGUGUUAACCAGAUGCCUUCACAAUUAGUUCAGACUAUCCAUCUUCCUCUUAGAUGGCUGAAGUUAGAGAGAUGAGCACUACCCUGAUUGUCAGGGGCUUGGUAGUGCAUCAAAUGGGCAGCUCAUUGACUUUUUGUGCUGGGAUAGAAGACACUGGUUCCUUCUUUUUGAGCUGUGAUUUGUUAUGAUUAGUUUCACACCAUUAAUUCAAAACCCUCUGACUUCUUUACCUCAGAAGUAUCACAACCCUGAAGUCUGAAUGAGAAAAUGGAAGUCAUUGACUUUUUGUUCUCAGCAAUACAUCAUCACAAAUAAAAGUGUUUCGGUAUUUUACAAUUUUCUGAGAAAGCUUUAGCAGAUGAACAGCCAAGAAUUUAGUGAAAUUACACAAACCUGUGUGUAUUUUCACAAAUUAAGUGAAAACUUUUUUGCACUUUGUUUGCUUAGCACCUUCCUAAUAUUUCUUUUGUGUGUUACAUGUUAUGGCUGCUCAUGGAAACAAAUAAUUGAUGACCCAAAGCAUCUCCCAGUGUCUGAAGCUUAGCUUCCAUUCUGUCAUCAUGCAGGAUGUGAAGCUCUUAAUAGGGAUGAUAUCAUCAUAAUUGUUUUAGGAGUGUCUAAAACUCAGGUCUGGGGUCACCUGCAGUGCUGCAAAGACAUAACUUGCUUUUAUUGUUUUAUUUACUGUAAAUGAAUGUAUUUGUAUUUCAGUUUUAUUAUGGAGUUAUGUUUUCAUUUUACUUAAUAUGUGUCUGUAUAUGGUAUGUGUAUGUUAAUGUCAUUAAAUUAUUUGUGGGUGGUAAUGGGAUUUUUUUGGCCUGGUUUUGCCAUGGGAAUGUACCUCAUAUCUGGGGAAGACACCAAACACCUUCAUUCUAAUUUUACUGAGGAAAAUAGAAUAGCGAAGUGACUCCUUGAAGACACGACUGCAUUUCUCUGUACCUUUGUAUGUAAACGUACAGUGUAGUAUUUCUCUGUGCUUUUCUAGAUGUAAAAGACUAUUGUUUUUUCUUUUUCAGUAGCGAGUUAAGGAAGGAAGGGAGAAUUAACCCUUUCUUCCAAAUGUUUAGAGUUCAGCCCACAGGCUCAAAUUUUCUGAUGUUAUUAGCCAAAACUGAGUGUCUGUCUUUGUAGCUGGACACUCAUCAAUAUCAAUAAUCAGGGAAUUACAGUGGCUGCCUGUGUAGAGAUGUUGCAAGGUUUGAAAUGUUAGUCUUUGGGGAAAAUACUAGAAGUAACUUCAUAUGUAGAAAUAGUUCAUAUCUAAAGAGAGAGCUUAAAGCAGAGUUUGUACACUGGAAGUGGUGGUGCAGUUGUGAUUGUGCCAUUUGGAAACAGUGAAAGCUUCACAAACCUCAGCCAGGUUGGUGCUACAGUGAAACGCUGGUGCUGCAGUAAAGUAACAAUGUAGGAGAGUUACAGAGCCAGGAGCCCAGGAUGAAUACACAGUGAGUAGUAUUAAACCUCACAGACUACUGUAUAUGCCUGUUUAGAGUGUGUGCCAUAUUACUUCUUAUUUUUAUAUCAGUCUCCUGAAGUGCAUGCAUAGGGAGCUGAAUAUUUAAAUCACUGUAAUGAGAGGGGGGAAAAAACUAAUUUAUAUGGAUUCUAUUACUGUCCUGUGGUUUUGCCUUAGUUGUGCAGAAUAACCAAAAACAGUUCAAGCACUCCACCAGCACGAGGGGCUGUUGCCUGUGCAGUGCCUGGUGUCACUGUGGCCCGCGGUGGAGCCCAGCCUGCAGCGUGGCUGCUCUGAGGGGUUUAUCCAGCUGUGCUGCCACUGCUGGUAGAAAGGUGUGGGAGGGAGGCAUGGAGACACAGAGCCAUGUAUGUUAGCCCAGGGUUUUAAGGGAACAGCUGGUUUUUCUGAAGUAUGCUGUAAAGCUGAGAGGCAGUUUUUCUCCAGAUAAUGACAGUCUAGAUGGUGUUACCAGCACACACCCAGUGGCUGCGUGGAGAGGACAAAGUCUGUGUAUGAAUGAGUGAUCUCUUGCUGAAAGUUCACUGGGAUUUUACUCUCCUCUAUGAAUGUUGGAGGGUCUGUGUGUUCCAUGGAAGGGUUUAGAGCUGCUGCUGAAAACUAUACUCUUUUGAAUAGUCUUGAGUCACACAAAGGAUGGCUCAGCAAGGGUUAUUUGUGUGUGUAAGAGUAUGCAAGAUCUGACACAUGGGUUUUCUUUCAUACUUGUAAAACAACACAAAUUAAAACAUUGAAAGUAUCCCUCAA